AAGAAUGUCAAAAAUUCUUCUUCUGCCGCAAAGCACGUGGAAUUUAACUUGAACCGUUUGCUCACUUUUGAAAGCAUCCAAAGCCGGAAAAUAAUUGCCAGUUUCCAGUUCAAGCAGCAGCAAGCGAAAUGGAUAAAGAUCCCCUUUUUGCAGUGAUCAAAUGCGAGAUGUGCAUCAAUCGAGUUACCAAUUUUGUAGCUGGCCUCUGCACCCGUUGCGAGAAUAUUUGGACCAGCAAUGGACUGGAGGGCAUCCAGCAUCCGAUCAGCACCCAUCGCGUAAUGGCAGCCAUCGUGGCCAGUGUGCGCCAGCCAGAUGCGCCCAUGGAUCCCACCUUCCAGGCGGCCAUGAUGAACGCCAGGUUGCAAAAGGAUCAGCAAGUUUCGCUCUUUCACAAGAUUCGCUUCCAGUUCGCCAGCAGCGUGCUCGCCGCCGACAGUAGCUCCAAAAUGGCAGUGCCCUUUGAGACCGAUGACAACUAUUGGGAUAUUCCCGAAAUCAUGGAUGAAGACUUUUUGGCUUUCCAACACAAUGUCGAUCUGCUGGAUGACAUAAUGAGAGACACAAACUGUUCAUGGGCUGACUUUGGACUGCCCGAAUAGCAGAAAUGUGAUGGUCUAAUCAAAUAUUUCAAAGAUAUUGUAACUACGCUUAUUUUUCUACUAUAUCUAGCAUUAAAACAAAAAUUAUACAACGAAAUACGUUUGAAAUAGUUUGUUUAUUUCGAAAAGUCUUUCAUAGGUGUAGAAUACGGCUGUGCGGCUGUAUAGCGUCGACUAAGCGGUAUCCAUGCAUCUGGUCGCACAGGACUGGUGGGCCAUGAUGAGAGCCAUGAAGUUGCGGAAGGAAGGGCCUAGUGAAUGUCAUAUAUGAACUACAAAAAAGGUUAAAGUUAUAUUUUUUGGGCAAGCACAAGUUGCACAUUGCAGUCAUGG